AUGGCGCCCAUGUCCCAAGAAGACUUAGAAUGGUUCAGAUCCACUUUCCGUCCCAUCCCUAAGCCAGAACUCCCUGAUGAUGCGGUCGAAUAUUCCAUUUACUAUAUCCCCUCCGACCCCGCCCCCGCCAUCAACGAUGAGACGACAGAGACAAGGUCACGAUUGGUGGAGGUGCAACGGAGCGCAGCUGAUUUGACGAAAUACUAUCUGAAGGAUUAUAUAUGGCAGCGGGAAGGCUUCAAGUUGGAGAUCACGAAGGAAGAUGGUAUCAUGGCGCUACGAGGGCGCACAAAUUAUGGAGACUCUAUCGAAGAUGAAUGGGUGAUUGUCUAUCUUCUGCGCGAAUUGACCAAGAAGCACCAGGAUAUUUGGGUUAAGGUGAUCGACAGUGACGGCCAGUUUUUACUGGUUGAGGCGGCUGGCGCUUUGCCCUCCUGGCUUGAACCGGAAAUAGCGGACAAUAGAGUAUGGAUACACCAAGGAGAACUUGUCAUCAUCAAGCCGAAGCAUGAUAGAGCUCGGAAGGUCGCUGAGAAGCUGUCGCUUGCAGACUCAAGAAGAAUUAUCAAAGAGGAACCCAAGCGACUCUUGCGUUCUGCAAUGAUCCAAGACGAAGCUUUCUAUCGCUUACGGAACUAUCCCAAACAGAUCAGCGAGAACCUCCACUCAGCGCUCGUAACCAUUCCACGAAAGGUCGCAUUUCUCCUCCGCCAAAAGCCAGCCUAUAUUUCGGCAGCGAUAGAGGCAUUUUAUCUACGUGAUCCCAUCGCGCUGCGACCGCUCAGAUCCAAAGACGCUAGCACAUUCAUCUUCAAGCCGGAGGAUUUUGUCACCGUCAGCGUACGGUUUACCCGAGUCAGUUAUGCACAGCUCAAGAGUCAGGAUUUCCCGGCACCCAAGUCAUGGCUAGGAAAACUCCCUCCGAAGGAUGACCGAAUUGCAUUCGACCGGGCGGAAGUAGGGAUGAAACUUUCGUGUGGUUUUGAAAUGCUCCUCACCGAUCCUCAGAACCAAGACAAAGCGUCUGUGAGAGAAAUGAAGCUUCUAUUGGAGGAUGUGGAUUCUGGAGAUGAGAAACUACCUACGGAUGAAGAGAUCUCUGGAUGGGAUAAGAGACAGGACGAUGAAAAAUGGCUGGACAUCAACUUUGAGGAUCUUGACCGCGAGCUGAAGGGCAAGGACAAGAGCACGGCCAGCGAUGGACAGGCCAAGGGCGCAUUUGGGGAUGCCAACGCUCAAGAGAAUCUUCAACGCAUCGUGGCUCAGUUUGAGAAAUUCUUGAACGAUGAAUCUGCUGGAUUCGAAGGCGCCGAUUUCAUUGAUGAUUUCGGCUCGGAUUCGGACAUUGACGAUGACAUCGAUGAUGAAGUGAGUGACGAAGGCGAAGAUAAAGAGGCAUCUUUCGACGAAGAAGAGUUCUCACGGAUGAUGAAAGAAAUGAUGGGCCUGCCGCCCUCUGUGCCUGGCCUUCAGGGGGCGUCCAGGCAACCGUCAGCUCCACGCGGUCGAAUUGAAGAGUUGAACUCCGAAUCCGAAGACGACUUGGAAGAAAUACAGAAGCUUUCCGCUCAGAUGGAAGCGGAGCUGAGAGGCACAGGCGUCCUCGACCUAAAUCGUCCAAAGAAGUCCUCAACUGAAAAGCGCGCAAUAUCAGAUUCAUCACAAAAGGAGCCCGGUGACGCAAAUGAACAGAGUGAGGACAUCGUCGAAGACGACGAUAUCGAUAUCAAUCUUGCCAAAAACCUACUGCAAAGUCUAGAGGGCCAAGCUGGCACUCCAGGCCCAGCAGGGAACAUGCUGUCAAUGAUGAAUUUGCCAGUACCCAAAGACGAUCGGCCGCGGUGA